UCAGGAGCUUUUAUUAGUUUCACUGUAUUGCUUCCUGAUCCACAAAAUUCUCCUUAUCAUCAGCUUAUCGCAUUUUUUUUCCCGCCCUCUUGAAGAACAUUGUUCCUUGACUCUUCAAACAGCACAGGUCUGUGUUUUAGUGUACUUCAACUUGUUGAAUAGCAGCACUCUGCCCCUGUGUGGAGUGCUCAGUGUUCAAGGUUCAGGGAGAUAACGAGAGGUGAGUGGCUGACGCAUACCUCGUGUUAUGUUACCAAAGGAUCAUAUUACCAAAGACAGCAGGUUGGGUGAAACCAUAGCUGUACUCGGAUCACUGUGACACGAAACUAACCAGGAACUCGGAUUAACAAAGGUGUUUUUAAAGACGCUACAGAAGCUAGCAGAGUGCUUCCUGUUGUGUAAAGAAGAUGGUUACCGUGGGUAAGAAGACACACCAGUUUCUGCUGCUCUUGCUGUGUUUGUCAGGACUUGUUCCUCGUUCAGCUGCCAUGAUGUUUUGGACAUCCGUGGUGGAAGUAAGCUAUGUUCAGAGCAACAAUGAGACUGUGGAAACAUAUUGUGAAUGUGGUCUGUAUGGUCGUAAUUCUCCACUGGAAAAAACUUCAGGGAUUGUAACACUUCCUAAGGGAGAUCCCAAAGGCUGUGGCCCAGAUCCUGUUUACAACCGCAAUUUCAGCUCCCCGCCUUGGAUAGCCCUGGUGAAAAGGGGUAACUGUACCUUCAGCGAGAAGAUCAAUGCUGCAAAACGUCAGGGAGCAACUGGUGUGGUUGUGUAUAAUUCUGAUGGCAGUGGAAACCAGACUACUAACAUGGCACAUGGAGAUGCAGGUGGUAUUGUGGCCAUCAUGAUCGGCAAUAUUAAGGGCAUGGACAUCUUCAGGUUGGUGAAAAAUGGAACAGAUGUUCAGUUGUGUAUUAAUGUGGGCAGACCCCAUGGACCCUGGAUGGACACCUACUGGCUGUACCUUCUGUCGAUAGCCUUUUUUAUCGUCACAGCAGCAUCAAUCGCCUACUUUGUGUUUGUUUCUGCAAAUCGUCUAUACAGUCUGACCAGACAUAAGCGCACCGAGAGGAAGCUGAAAUCUGAGGCCAAGAAAGCAAUUGGUCGCCUCCAAGUACGCACACUGAAACGGGGGGAUGAGGAAACUACCUCUGACACCCAUUUGUGUGCAGUGUGUAUUGAAUCCUACAAGGUAGGCGAUGUGGUGACAGUGCUUACCUGUGACCACAUCUUCCAUAAAGCCUGCAUUGAGCCCUGGCUGCUGGAGAGGAGAACCUGCCCCAUGUGUAAGUGCGACAUCCUGAAGGCCCUAGGAGUUGAGGAGGAGAUCAAGGAGAACAUGCCUGCAGAAUCACCAGCAGAGGUCACUGUGAUCACAGUAACAGGAGGAGACGCCAUGUAUGAAGUUCCACUGAAUGACACAAUGAGCCCCGACCCAGAGCCACAUGAGCGUCACUAUGACAACAGGGCCUUUGAGGAAGAGCUGGUGCCUGCGAGGGGUUGAACUACAGCUGGAAACAAAACAACAAAACAGGACAUGGUUAAAUUGUUUGAAAUCGUUUUCUGGUAUACAUUGAACUAAAUGGGAUCCCACUGUUAUGUUGCAGUAGGAGAAAAUGAUCUUGCAAUGAUGGUAUGCUGAAAUAGAUAUUUAAACCAAGGAUUUGACUAAAUAGACUAUUUGAUUAGCUUUAUUUCAUCAGAUGAUCUUGGAAAAAUGUUUAAAUUAUGGCGCUCAUGCAACUAGCUUUAGAUGGUUCAGAUGCAAACAUAGAAGUUGUGCACAGACGCUGGUGUCAAAUCAACACAGCUGACACUGGUUCAGGAGAAAGUGGGAAACAUAUCUAAAUAUCUCAAUAAUAUCUGAAUAAGAGUUUGAAUAUCUGUUUGAAACUGGGGCCAAAUUUCUUUCUAUACAUUGAAUAGUUUGCAGUCACAGACAGUUACUCACUGUCUUUCUAAAUUAUUUGUCUUCAUGCAGUUGAUGUCCAUUUUAUUUUCUUUCUCUUUCUGUUUUUACACUGGUGUGGGUUUUUCCACUUUCAUUGGGUCUCACAGGUUGUCAGGCCGGAUUUGCAAACAUUUCCUUAUGUACACACCCUUCACUGCAAAUACAGCAUGUCACACGUUGUACUACCAUGAGGGAAUAAAAUCAUCUGGGGCUUUUCAUCCAUAAAAACUGGCUGAAACAGAAGCUACUUUUGAGAACCAGAAUCAUGCAGUAAUGAGACAGUAAAAUGAAUGUCAUCUGAAUUGUAGAUACACUUUUAAAGGAAUGUUUUCUUAAUGCUUAGAUAUGGGAAAUUUAUUUUUGUGUACUUGUUGAAAUUCUGUAUAUUUAGGUUUGUUUAUGAAACAUGAAAUUUUAUUUGUUCAUAUAAAAAAAUGACAAAAUAAUAUGUUUAGUGUUUUAAUUUCUAAGCAGCUGAUUUCCACUUGCACAGCACAGAUUGUUUUAGAGUGAAUAUGUCUUCCAGGUUGUGCCUUUAUUCAGUCUCUGAUGUCUACCUCUGAACUGUAAAAUGGUUGACUUUAGAAGCUUGUUAAAGGUUCGUAGAAUUCCAUGAUUUAAGUGUGUCUCUCAGUAAAUGAUAAAGCUAAAGAAUUGCCUCACUUCUUUGUUUUCUGGUGGGGAGAUGCUGAUUAUGGUACUUAAAAUAUAGUUUUCUAUUGUUGAAUCCUUUUCAUCACUCUUACAGAUUCCAGGAGUCUUAAAUUAUAUGGUUAAAAAAUAGUCUCUUUCUGUAUUAAAUCACAUUGAUGCUUAUUAGAACGCAAUAAAUCCCUCAAAAUGAGGCAAACUUUA